GCAGCCGCCCGCCUCUGUCACUGGGAGACCGUCCACUUAAAUGCAGCUCCAGGGUUGCAGGACACCCACCAGCAUCACUCCCCGUGUGAGGUGGCAAAUGCAACAUGCUGUCCAGCCUGGGGUGUCUACUCCUCUGUGGAAGUAUUGCACUAGCCCUGGGAAAUGCACAGAAAUUGCCAAAAGGUAAAAAGCCAAACCUGAAAGUCCACAUCAACACCACAAGUGAUUCCAUCUUCUUGAAGUUCCUGCGUCCAAGUCCUAAUGUAAAACUGGAAGGUUUUCUCCUGGGAUAUGGCAGCAACUUAUCACCAAACCAGUACUUCCCUCUUCCUGCAGAAGGGAAAUACACUGAGGCCGUAGUCGAUGCGGAGCCGAAGUAUCUGAUUGUUGUGCGACCUGCUCCUCCUCCCAGUCAAAAGAAGUCAUGCUCAGGGAAAGCACGGUCUCGCAAGCCUCUCCAGCUGGUGGUUGGCACCCUGACACCGAGCUCAGUCUUCCUGUCCUGGGGCUUCCUCAUCAACCCUAACCACGACUGGACGUUGCCAAGUCAAUGUCCCAAUGACAGAUUUUAUACAAUCCGCUAUAGAGAAAAGGAUAAGGAAAAGAAAUGGAUUUUUCAGCUCUGUCCAGCCACUGAAACAAUCGUGGAAAAUCUAAAGCCUGACACGGUUUAUGAAUUUGGAGUGAAAGACAAUGUAGAAGGUGGAAUUUGGAGUAAGAUUUUUAAUCACAAGACUAUUGUUGGAAGUAAAAGCAAAGUAAAUGGGAAAAUCCAGAGCACCUACGACCAGGUCCACACGGUGCCAUCGUACGUCCCAAGGAAACUAAUCCCAGUAACAAUCAUCAAGCAAGUGAUUCAGAAUGUCACUCACAAGGCCUCAACUAAAUCCCCAGAUAAGACUCCCUUCGGAGGAACAAUACUGGUCCACCUUGUUAUUCCAGGUCUCAAUGAAACCGUCGUAAAACUUCCUACCUCCAUAAUGUUCGAGAUUUCAGAUGCAAUCAAGACACAAUUAGCUAAGAAUGAAACCUUGGCAUUGCCUGCUGAAUCUAAAACGCCAGAGGUAGAAAAAAUCCCAGCACGGCCCAUAACAGUGACUCCUGAAUCAGUUCCAAGAACCACUAAACCCACUGUGUCUAGUGCAUUAGACAUUUCAGAAACAACACUGGCUCUCAGGGAAAGGACCCCCGAAACAUCGCAGACUAUUUUAAUACCUAGGUUUGAAUUCCCACUGAGCACUCUAGCUCCAAAAAGGCUUCCAGAAUUUCCUCAGGCAAAAACACCUUUCCCUUUUGAGAAACCUGGGGGAACCUUGGCUUCAAGUGAAAAACCGUGGAUUGUGCCUACGAGUAAAACAUCUGAAGAUUCCAAAAUCCUACCGCCUCAAACUGCAGCUUAUGAUGUUUUCUCAAGCUCUACAACAUCAGAUGAGCCUGAAAUAUCAGAGCCCUACACAGCAACAAGCGAUCUGUUUCUGGAUUCUGUCCCACCUAAAACUUCUAGAACUCUUGAACAGCCAAGGGCAACACUGGCUCCAAGGGAAACACCAUUUGUUCCUCAAAAACCGGAAAUCUUUUCCAGUCCUGAAAUGCAACCUACAACACCUGCUCCCCUGCAAACUACAUCUGUCCCUUCUACUCCUAAACGACGCCCCCGGCCCAAAACACCAAGAACUAAACCUGAAAGAACCACAAGUCCUGGAACAAUUACAUCUAAAAUUUCUAAAAGCCCUGAACCUACACGGACGACACUGGCUCCCAGUAAAACACAGUUUAUUUCUUUGAAACCUAAAAUUCCUCUCAGUCCAGAAGUGAAACACACCAGACCUGCACUGAAACCUGAGACUCCACCACCACCACAGUCACCAAUAGUCUUAGAACCUGGAACACUGGGAACUAAACCUUCAACAACAACAUUAGCUCCACCAAAGACCAAACGACCAGGUCGUCGCCCUCGCCCUCGCCCUCGCCCUCGCCCUAAAACCACACCUAGUCCAGAUGUGCCCAAGUCCAAACCUGCUCUGGAACCUGCUACGGUACAACAGGAGCUCUUGGUGCCCACGAUCGAUUCAAAACCACCAAAGCAAUUACCUCCUAUACCCCAAACCACAGCAAAACCAGAUAUACCACCAUCUAAAUCCGUCUUUGAGGAUAUUACCUUUGAGAUGGAAGCUCCCUCCACAACCAUAGUUCCUGCCACAGACAUUGAACCUGUAACUCUGAGAACCGAAGCUCCUCAGACAACAUUAGCUCCAAAAACAUCACAAAGAACAAGACCCCAUCGCCCACGUCCACGUCCUAAAUAUAAAACCACACCGAGUCCAGAGACACCUCAGACCAAACUAGCGCCAACAACAACAACAACAAAGAGACCCCGUCGUCCACGUCCCAAAGCUAAAACCACACCCCGUCCAGAAGCAGCUCAGACCAAACUGGUUCCUGCCACAAUCCGUGAACCAGGUAUUCUUGGGACCGAGGCUCCUGGGAUGACAGUAGUUCCAGCUACAGUCUUUGAACCAGUUACUCCUAUAAAAGAGGCCCCAGUGACAACAUUUGCACCACCACCAACAACAAAGAGACCUCGUCGUCCACGUCCCAAAACUAAAACCACACCCCGUCCAGAAGCAGCUCAGACCAAACUGGUUCCUGCCACAAUCCGUGAACCAGGUAUUCUUAGGACCGAGGCUCCUGGGACGACAGUAGCGCCAACAACAACAACAACAACAAAGAGACCCCGUCGUCCACGUCCCAAAGCUAAAACCACACCCCGUCGAGAAAUGCCUCAGACCAAACUGGUUCCUGCCAUAAUCCGUGAACCAGGUAUUCUUAGGACCGAGGCUCCUGGGACGACAGUAGUUCCGGCUACAGUCUUUGAACCAGUUACUCCUAUAAAAGAGGCUCCAGCGACAGCAUUUGCACCACCAACAACAACAAAGAGACCUCGUCGUCCACGUCCCAAAACUAAAACCACACCCCGUCCAGAAGCAGCUCAGACCAAACUGGUUCCUGCCACAAUCCGUGAACCAGGUAUUCUUAGGACUGAGGCUCCUGGGACGACAGUAGUUCCGGCUACAGUCUUUGAACCAGUUACUCCUAUAAAAGAGGCUCCAGCGACAGCAUUUGACCUUGAACCUGUUACUUUUACAACGGAGACCUCUGGGACAGCACUAGCUACCAAAGCAUCACAAAGACCUCUUUGUCCACAUCCCAGACCUAAAGCCACUUGGAGCGCUCAAGUACCUCAGACCGCACUGGUUCCCACAGACCUUGAACCUGUCACUCUUAGACCAGAGGCCCCAGGAACAACAUUAGUUCCCACUGCAGACUUUGAACCUGUUACGUUCAGAACUGAAGCUUGGGUGACAACAAAAGCUUCUAAAACAUCAAAACGGACCCGUCGUCCACGUCCCAAACUUAAAACCACACCGACUCCUGAGGCACCUCAAGCCAAGCUGGGUAAAUUUUUCUCUACAGUCCUUGAACCUGUCACUCUUAGAACCAAGGCUCCAGAAACAACAUUAGCUUCUAAAACAUCACGAGUUCGCCAUCCACGUCCCAGACCUAAAACCACACCAAGCCCUGAAGCAUCUCAGACCAAACUGGUUCCUGCUACAAGCUUUGAACCUGUUGUUCAUAGUUCUGAAGCUCCAGAAACAACAUUAGCUCCCACUGAACUGCAAACUCUUAUCUUGAAACCAGUGACAUCACCAAGCCUAGAAAUUACACAAAGUCAACCCGUUUCUGAAGUCCUGGAAUCGGUUACAUUUAGCACUGAGUCAUCAAGGGAAGCGAUAGCACUGACUGGAACAGAUUAUGUAUAUCCUGCUGCCAAAGCACCACUCAGGCCAGAGGAGACAAAGACUGAAGGUGGUAAAGCUGUGGAAUCUAUUACAUAUGUGUCUGAACCGCCCGAGACCACGCUAGUUACCAUAGAAACGUCACCUCUGCCUUCCCAAACUGUAAUCCUACCCAGCCCAGAUGAGCCUCAGACCGACUCGGCUCUCAAGGAGAUACCGCGAGCUCCUCCCAAACCAAAAACAUCUCCACACCCACGAAUCCCACAAACACAGCCAGCUCCUCAGGUGUUGCAGCGUGUUACUCUGAAGCCAAGGACAUCACCAAGUCCAGAAGUGUCCUAUACUUCACCUGUUCCAAGAGAUGUGCUCCUUCCCCAUAAACCAGACACUGAAGUCUCUCAGAGAGAAACUGUUCUGCAACCUGUUACCUUUGAAACUGACCUCCCAGAGCCAACAAUAGCUCCUUUAGAGACACGAGGCAGCCCUUUCAUUCCUAUGAUUUCACCGAGUUCUAGUCAAGAGGAGCUGCAAACCACUCCGGCAGAAACAGACCAGUUCACCCAAGAACUCUUCACAACUAAGAUUCCACGAACAACUGAAGUGGUGAAGACAACUCCGGCACUACACAGAUUGUACACUACCCCUGUGAGGCCCAGAACACCCGACAAACCACACUUCAGACCUGUUUUGAAUAAGACGACUACGAAACCUAGUAGACCCAAACCCAGUGGGUUGCCCAAAUGGGAUGGAAUGGGAACAGGGGUCAAGCAGAUGCCACUGCCAUCCGGUGCUGGUAGAAAUGUGUCAGUGGACUCUACUUACUCCACAAAAAAAACAGCCCCAAUCCCAGGCACUCGCCGCCCACUCUUGCCACCUAGACCCAUGCCCCCACGAAGAAAGCCUUUACCACCAAAUAAUGUCACCGGCAAGCCAGGAAGUACAGGAAUCAUUUCGUCAGGCCAAGUAACUUCCUCACCCUUGAGGGCAACAUUCAGACCUACUGAAGCUCCCUUGGAGAGAACAGAGGUGGAUGGAAAGCUACCAACAGUUCCUGCCUCAGGAGAAGAUCUUGGUAAUAUGACUGACUUUAGCUCAAGUCCAACAAGAGAAACUGAUCCUCUUGGGAAGCCCAGAUUCAAAGGUCCUCACGUGCGGUAUAUCCAAAAGCCUGACAACAGGCCCUGCUCCAUCACUGACUCCAUCAAACGAUUCCCCAAAGAAGAGGCCACCGAGGGGAAUGCCACCAGCCCCCCGCAGAACCCACCUACCAACCUCACUGUGGUCACUGUGGAAGGAUGUCCUUCAUUUGUCAUCUUGGACUGGGAUAAGCCACUAAAUGACACUGUCACUGAAUAUGAAGUUAUAUCCAGAGAAAAUGGAUCAUUCAGUGGGAAGAACAAGUCCAUUCAAACUACAAAUCAAACCUUCUCCACAGUAGAAAAUCUAAAGCCAGACACAAGCUACGAAUUCCAGGUGAAACCCAAAAACCCACUUGGUGAAGGCCCCGCCAGCAACACAGUGUCAUUCAGCACUGAAUCAGCCGACCCAAGAGUGAGCGAGCCAGUUUCUGCAGGAAGAGAUGCCAUCUGGACCGAAAGACCCUUUAAUUCAGACUCUUACUCAGAAUGUAAGGGCAAACAGUAUGUCAAAAGGACAUGGUAUAAAAAGUUUGUGGGGGUGCAGCUGUGCAACUCCCUUAGAUACAAGAUUUACCUGAGCGACUCCCUCACAGGAAAAUUCUAUAACAUAGGCGAUCAGAGGGGCCAUGGAGAAGAUCACUGCCAGUUUGUGGACUCGUUUUUAGAUGGACGCACAGGACAGCAACUCUCUUCUGACCAGUUACCCACCAAGGAAGGCUAUUUCAGAGCAGUUCGCCAGGAACCUGUCCAAUUUGGAGAAAUUGGUGGUCACACUCAAAUCAAUUAUGUCCAGUGGUAUGAAUGUGGGACCACAAUUCCUGGAAAAUGGUAGAUGCUGCAGUGAUGUUCAAAAGUGCCUUCUGUCUCAUCAUGGCCAAAAAUAAUUGGAAACAGUAUGGUAUGUGGUAUGUGUCACAUGCAUUUAAAGCUCUUAUGUUUACUAUGUAUAAAAGUUUAAAAUCUAAUUAAUAGCAAUAUUAGAUGUUUAUUAGAAAGAUUGCUAAGAAUAUUUAUCAGGUUUUACAAAGUCAUUUUAAGAAAGCAAGAUAUUAACAGAAUAACAUUUUGGGGAAGCUGGCUCCCUGUUCAUGGUAUUUUAAGAGAUCAUUUGUUUAUUAUUUAUCACACUGUUGUAAUGAUGUUUUAAGAUACUUUUAUAACAAAAUUAACAUCAAAAACUAAUAUACUUUUUAAAAAAAUUUACUUUUAUUGUGUAUUCUUCCCACUGGUGAGUUAAUUCCAUAAAUCUCUACUUGGUUUAACUUAUUAGAGCAAAUUAUCUUCAUCAUAUAUAUCUGUGGGGUGGGGAAAGUCUUAAUAUUCACGUUUAUUUAAACUUCAACUCUUUAGCAACAGCUGAACAGCUUUUCUGAAGCAUUUAAAUAGUUACCUAUUCAUGCUAAUAUACACUUCCUUAAAUAUUUGCAAAUUACUGAAAAGACUGUUUGAAUCAGUAAAUUUUAUUUCAGCUGAAAAUGGAAUUGAGAAUCUGAUAUAUCAUUUCAAGAUACAUAUUUUGUUCUUUCUCUGCCCUUAAAUGUUAGUGUCUGAAUGUUCUUUGUCAAACUGUCCGUUUAAGCAGUUGCACUCAUACCGUUUUUAACAUCAUUCUAAUCAAGCUGUAUACGGAAGCUGGCUGUAAAGUCUAAGCACACAAGGAUAAGGAGUGAUGCGAUCCCUGCCAUUUUACAGGCUUUUUUUACACAGAUCUUUCAGCAAUGAAUGUAUCAAAGGUGGUUUUCAUAAUGCUAACUCAAUCUGUAUGAAGAUCUCAUUUUUAUUUAAAGUACUGUUUUCCUUCAUUUGGAGAGAGGCAGGGAAGCUGCAUUGUUGCCCUCAUUCUUUAAGAACCUUUCAGUACUUACCUUUCCACGUGCUUCAAUUUUAUCAAUACUACAUUUUAUAUUUUCCAAACAAGUAAAACCUCUGCAAUAAAGAGAUGCACUUUUUAUUUUUAA